AUGAAUAACAGCUGUCUGGCGCAACAUCUCAGCAGUGCAGCGUCCAUCUUUCUAUCGCUGUGGUUCUCCUUCUCUGGAUUAGCAACUGUAGCAGGAAAUGCGGUCGUGUUGUGGUUGUUCUACAAAAAUGAGUCUUUACGAACAAUUUCCAAUGGAUUCUUAACCUCGUUGUCAGUGGCAGACUUGUUAGUUGGGCUGGUUAUAGACCCUGUCUGGAUCGUCAUCAGAUGCUUGAUUCAGCCACCGGUACAGAGUACUUUGCACUACUGUAUAUACAUGUUGUGGAUUCACACAACCACCGCCACAACCUUUAACUUGUGCUGCGUUUCCGUAGACCGGUUUAUUGCGAUUAGGUUUCCUUUCCGUUACCAGGACUUUGUAACCAAGAAAAGAUGCUGUUUGGUGAUUAUUUUGGUGUGGCUGAUUUCAUUAUGUCUUCCUUUCACGGCUAUUUCGAUAGGUUUGUUGGGAAAUAUUGCGAGUACAGUGCUUUGGCUGUUUUUGGCAUUUUUAACAUUUGUCGCUCCAUUAUUUGUAGUCACUUUCUGUUAUAUGUUUAUGUUUAAAGCUGCACGACGUCAAUGCAGAAGGACGUUUCCCAGCGAAAAUUUUCACAGCUCCAACGGAAAUAACAUUCCACGGAGUGGUAUCAUGAAACAAAUCAAAGCUGUUAAGACGGUCGGUUAUAUUAUAGUUGUUUACAUUGUUUCUUGGAUGCCCAGUCUGGUCUUACUCGUAGUUCAUUGUUAUUAUACAGCGACGAAUCAUCUCUGUGACGACAUCAAAGUAGACAAAGUUGUAUGGCCUUGGAUUGAGGCAAUCGCUUUUACCUCAUCAGCGAUCAACCCAUUGAUUUACUACCUCAGAAAAGGCGAAUUUCGCCGAGCCUUUCGUCGCACCUUCCAUUGGCUGCCUCGUGUUGAUGAACAAAAUUCGGUAGACCUUAGUGCACAACCAGAUCGAAACCGAAUGAUACAAAAAGGUGGAACUCGUAUCAUUUUUGCAAGUAAGGAAACAGAACACUGA